CGGGGGCUGGAGCCGCCGCGACCCGCAGCGCCGGGCGAGGUGGGUGCACCAGGGGCUCCCCCGCCUUUAUCCAUGGGGCUGGGGGUGCCCCUCUCCUGAGCGAGGCUGCGGAUUGGGUUGGGGGGGUUUGCUUCCUUUUCCUUCUGGCCGUUCAACCCCCUCCCUUCAAGCUCUGCAGCUUCGCGCACAGACUCCUCGCAGAGAUGGAGUUUGACUCGUACCAACACUACUUCUACGACCACGACGCCCAGGAGGAUUUCCACCGCUCCACGGCACCCAGCGAGGACAUCUGGAAGAAGUUCGAGCUGGUACCCACGCCCCCGCUGUCCCCCCUGGGCACCCCCGGGGAGAAGAGCUGCUGCUCGGGGGCUGAGGAGCGCUCGGGCUGGUUCUCCCGCUACUGCCUGGCCGGGGAAGAGCCGGAAUAUUUGAUCGGGACGGGGCAGAUCUUCGGGAACCUGAGCGCUUUCAUCCUCAAGGACUGCAUGUGGAGUGGGUUUUCAGCCCGGGAGAGACUUGAGAAGGCGAUGACGGAGAAACUUUCCACGGGCACUCAAAGGGCCACCCCCCACAAGCCUUCCUUCGCGCAGGAUUUGGGGUUCAGCAGCUCAGUCAGCGAGUGUGUGGAUCCCGCUGCCGUCUUCCUCUGCCCACUGGCCGAGAGCAAGAUCCCCCCGUCCUCGGGCUCCGAGGGCCAAAGCGAUUCUGAAGGGGAGGAGAUCGAUGUGGUGACAGUGGAGAAGAGGCAGUCCCUCAGCCUGAGGAAGCCGGUCACCAUCACCUUGCGUGCCGACCCCCUGGACCCCUGCAUGAAACGCUUCCACAUCUCCGUCCACCAGCAGCAGCACAACUACGCCGCUCGCUCACCGCCGGAUGCCUGUCCCCCGCCAGAGCCCCCCCAGCAGGACGAGGAGCAGCCACCGAGCACCACGGAGCCGGAGCCGGCCCCUGCCGUGGCGCUGCCCGAGCCCGGCUUGCCGAAAGCCGGCAGCAGCCCCGGCUCUGACAGCGAGGACGUGGCCAAGAGGAAAAACCACAACUACCUGGAGCGCAAGCGGCGCAACGACCUCCGCUCCCGCUUCCUGGCCCUGCGGGACCAGGUGCCCGGGCUGGCCAGCUGCCCCAAGACCCCCAAAGUGGUGAUCCUGAGCAAGUCCUCCGAGUACCUGCAGUCCCUCAUCAGUGCCGAGAGGAGGAUGGCGGCUGAGAAGCGGCAGCUGCGGCUGCAGCAGACUCAGCUGCUCAAACGGAUUGCUCUCCUCAAGGGGCAUUAGCGCCCAACGUGUUCCCCGCCCUUGUGGCCACCACCCUGCAGCUCCCUCUCAAUUUGCACAUAUUUUCAAACGUUUUGUUUCGGUUGGGGUUGGUUGUUGAACUGUUGGUCCCGGGGAGCUGGGGCAGAUGGCAGGCACCGCAGGUGGGGUGGCUCUGGCUGUGGGAAUGGGGCCACAGUGUGUGUGUGUGGGGUUGCCCUGUGACAUUGCCUGCCUGGGGCUGGCUUCUCGGCACUGGGUGUUUCAAGGGUUUCUUUUCUCCUUGUCUGCCCUCAGUGAAGCUUUCUCAGGUGAGUGCUUCAAUUCCUGGGCUUAACUCCACAAAAAUUGCUCCACCAUCGUUGGGCUGCCCGGGGAGGCAGUGGAGUCCCUGUCCCUGGAGGCAUUUAAAAGGCACUUGGAUGAGGAGCUUAGGGACAUGGUCUAAGAGUGGUGUAGAGAGAGAUGCUAGGCUGUGGUUGGACUCUGUCUCAAGGCCUUUCCAACCAGGAGAUCCUACAAUUCCCCCUCCCUCUUUGCCAUUUGCCACUCACAGCAUCUCUGGGAGCUGCCCCUGAGCGUCCAUCUCGCACCCUAAAAAUCCCAAGCACCACUGUCUGCAUCUGCUCAGGGGAACAGCUGGAGACAGACAGAGGGAGCCCAGCACGGGGCACACGUCUGGAUGGAUGCCCAUGAGGUGGUGGCAGUGGGAUGUGUCUCUCCCCAGGGCCAGCAGCACCCCGUGGGUGACCCCCUCGCUCGGCUGGACCGUACCUCACUUUCUUACCACUUCACGCAGUAGCUUGUCUUGGAUUUUAUGUUCUAGAAACUGAUGCUGCAACUGCAAGUCUUAUACUGGAGGCUGUGUUUUUAUACUGUAUUUUUGUACCACUUUUUGAGAAGUAUUGGUAAAGAGUUUGCUUUUUUAUAUAUAUAUAUAAUUUUUUUUUUCCCUUUUUGAGGGGGAGGAGGGUUCCUGCUGUGGGGGAAGGGCUCAGUCCUGCUGCACUUUAAGGAGAUCAGGAAGGGGCUGGCUUCUGUCAGACCCUUGAGCUGAGCCCUCAUGGAGGCCCCCUUGCAGCUCUCCAAACCACCCGUUUGCAAUAACAGGGGAUUUUUUUUUUCUCUUUCCCCUUUCCCAUCCUUGUGAGCAUCCUUGUGUCCCACUUUCCCAUCCCUGUGAGCACCUCCUCACCAACAGCCACUUAAAAUCCCCAGCGAAGCUUUGGGCUUUGCAGGGAGCCUGGCUGGAGGGGCAGGGUGGGGGAGUGGGGAGGAUUGUGCUGCCUUUGUGCCCCCCCCCUUGCCUCUGUCGUCCUGCCGCCCAACUGUGGUGGGGUAAGGUGGGUGGCAGGGUCCUCCAUCCCCUCCCUGGGGGUGCUGGCAGGGGUGACAGCAUGGGACAGCACCCUUGGGUCCCUGCUGACCUGCUGAGAACCGUUAGAGUUAACACUGUGGUCGGAUUUAGCACUUUCUUCAUUACCUCACGCUUCAUAAAUAAAUAAGUUUGCAACA